AUGGCCAACACAGCCGCCGGCGGCUCGCCCGCCUCUCUCCAGGACCGCCUGAUCCAACUCGCUCAGACCCUCCAAUUCGCCUGGUUCGCCGGCCAUGUCACCUUGCUCCUGUGCACCCUGCGAUACGCCUUGAGCGCCGCUUUCUUCAAAUUCUCCUCGGGGUGGGCGCAGUUCAGCUACCGUACCGCCUUCAUCGCGGCCUCGGUCACCUAUGGAAUCGUCGUCUACAAGAGCUUCCGUGCUCGUCAAAAGGCCGGAAAGCCCGUCAGCCCGCUGUCGUUUGCGACUGAUGAGAAUGUGCAAUAUUUGAUCAUGUCCCUCGUCUGGCUCUUCUACAGCCAGUACGUCUUGGCCCUCGCUCCCUACGCCGUCUACAGCAUCUUCCACGUCCUCACCUACACCCGCGGCAUCCUCCUCCCCACCAUCCAGUCCCCACCAGCGGGCGCCGCCGCCGGCCAGAAGCCCGCACCCAGCGGCCUGAGCGAAGGCAUCGCGCGCUUCGUGCGGGAAUACUACGACACCAGCAUGUCACUGGUCGCGGGCCUCGAGCUCGCGCUGUGGUUCCGCGUCUCCCUCUCGGCCCUGUUCUUCGCCAGGGGCAGCUGGGUCAUCCUGGUCCUCUACACCGUGUUCCUGCGCGCGCGCAUCAGCCAGAGCACCUUCGUCCAGGGCAUGAUCCGCCAGAUCGGCGCCCGCGGCGACCAGUACGCCAACCGCCAGGACGUCCCGCCCGCGGUCCGCCAGGGCUGGCAGACGGCCAAGAACAUCCUCAAGCAGGUCCAUGACCAGACCGAUGUCAACCGCUAUGUCUCGGGCCCGCAGCAGCCUGCCCCUAAGAAGGCGCAGUAG